CAGCAUUCAUUAGUGACAGGUCAAAGCCAAUUACAUCGAGACACGAAACCAAUAGUUCCACGUGCUUCGCCUCCCUUACUCGGUAAAAAACGAAAUUGGGUGCAGGGAUGACAUAAACUGAUAAACCCCGUAAUUAAUUAGCCCUCCUCGCGUUUACCUCAGCAUGCUAAAUUAAUUUUGAGGAUCAUCAAUUGCAAUAAAAGGUAAAUAAAAGAAAGUUACCGAAAUUGAUCACGAAUCAAUAGCUUACUAAAUGAAGCUGGUAAAAAUGAGAUUAAACAUUCUCACCGGCGUUAUAAGUAGCGUGCAUUGCAUUCCUCACCCACCCGAAACGGUCUAUCAUCUAAUAAUAAUAUCCUUUCACCCUAUCUUUCUUCUACAGUUUGCUCAGACAAAAAACAUCACCAGCUGAACAUGGCGAAGAAAAGGGUUCUCUGCGCCAUUCUGGCGAUUUUAUCGGCCCUUCUGGCCGUUUCCGCCGCGGAGGGGGACGAAAAGGAGUACGUUUUGACUCUGGAUCGCUCAAACUUCUCCGAGACCAUCUCCAAGCACAACUUUAUCGUCGUCGAAUUCUAUGCACCUUGGUGCGGGCAUUGCCAGAGACUUGCCCCAGAGUAUGAGAAAGCUGCAUCUUUGUUGAGUAGUCAUGACCCUCCUGUGACUCUUGCAAAAGUUGAUGCCAAUGAGGAAUCAAACAAAGAACUGGCAAGCCAGUAUCAGGUCAAGGGUUUCCCAACGAUUAAGAUCUUACGUGAUGGAGGAAACCUUGUUGAAGACUAUAAAGGUCCUCGAGAAGCUGAUGGUAUAGUUAAAUACUUGAAAAAGCAAGUGGGUCCUGCAUCAGCUGAAAUCAAGUCGAAGGAAGAUGCAGCAAGUUUAAUUGAUGAGAAAAAAGUUUUUGUUGCUGGCGUGUUUCAAGAGUUUUCGGGAGAUGAAUUUGAAAAGUUCAUCACUUUAGCUGAAAGUUUAAGGUCUGAUUAUGAAUUCGGUCACACACUUGAUGCCAAACUUCUUCCUCGCGGUGAAGCAGUUGAGAAGCCCACUCUUCGUGUACUCAAACCAUUUGAUGAGCUGUUUACUGAUUUUCAGGACUUCCAAGUGGAUGCGAUGAAGAAGUUCAUUGCUGAAGCUAGUACUCCUACUGUUACUAUUUUUGAUGACAACAGAGAAAAUCAUCCAUAUGUUAACAAGUUUUUCGAUAGUCCUAAUGACAAGGCAAUGCUCUUUGUUAACUUCAGUAGUGAGAUCCAUGCUUUCAAACCCAAAUACAAUGAUGUGGCGGUCCUUUAUAAGAGAAAGGGAAUCAGCUUUCUGUUGGGAGAUCUUGCUUCCAGUAGUCGUGCACUUGAGUACUUUGGAGUCAAAGCAGAUCAAGCACCUGUUCUCAUAGUACAGGACAAGGAUCAGCAAAAAUUUAUCAAACCAAAUGUCGAACCAGAUCAAAUUGCAACUUGGCUCAAGGACUACAAGGAGGGGAAGGUGGAUCCAUUUAUCAGAUCUGAGGCUAUCCCUGAAGUCAAUGAUGAACCAGUGAAAGUGGUUGUAACCAAUGCCCUGGAGAGCAUGGUUUUCAAUUCAGGGAAGAAUGUUCUGCUGGAAUUCUAUGCACCAUGGUGUGGUCACUGCAAGAAGCUAGCUCCAAUCUUGGAUGAAGUUGCUGUGUCAUUUGAGAGUCAACCUGAUGUCAUGAUAGCAAAACUGGAUGCAACUGCCAAUGAUGUCCCGGCCAAAAAGUUUGAGGUUCAAGGAUUCCCAACAUUGUACUUCAUAUCUGCAACUGGUAACAUAAUACCAUAUGACGGUGACAGAACAAAAGACGACAUAAUCGACUUUAUCAAUAAGAAUCGUUAUAAUAAGACUGCCGUGUCAGAAGAGUCCAUCAACUCUGAUGCAGUGAAGAAAGAAGAAUCCACCAAGGAUGAGCUGUAAGAUGGUGAGAUUCUAUGUCGACUUUAAAGUAAUGCUCAUCCAUCAGUACCCUUUUAGUCUGAAAUAUCCUACUUUAAGAGUUUAGGGUCAAGAGUUUUCUGCUUUCACAAGUGCAGGGAAGCUGAUGAGUAGCAGUGGCAGGUUCAAGUUUUGUCAACGGAGGAAUCUUGCGCUUUCCUUUUUCUUAUUACUAUUGGCUUUUCUUUUCUUAUUCCAAUGAAUAAAAUGUUUUCUGUUGUAUGGAUGUGAGAGGUGUUAUAGUUAGUUUGUAGCUGUUGGUACGUUCUUUAACCAGAAUUUAUGUGAGAAUUUUUGAACAAGAAUGAAUCGAUUUGCGGAUCUCAUGAGCUUAGAGGCAUCAGGCAUAUACUGAAAUCUCUGUUGUCACUUUAACUACAGUAGUCACCGUUAUUUAAAUACCAUAGUACAACUAGCCAGAUCAGAGGACACAGAUGCACUACUAUUCAUUGAUUAAUUAUAAUCUAUGUGCAAGGUUUUUCAACCUGUUUACUCCGUUACUAAUCUCACCUAUUAGCGUUAGCGUUAUUUAAAUAAACAAAU